AUGUAGUUUGUUAUAAAAAAUAAAUUGUUUUAAAUGAUAUCAAUAAAAUAUAUUGAUUAUUAGAUUUUUAGAAUAUCUUUUACAUUCCAAUAUUCUAGAAAUAAAAAUAUUUUUAAAUUUGUUAUACAGAAGUAGAUUUUAAUUAAUCUUAGGAUAAUAUACGCAUAUAAUAUAACAAUAAAAAAGAUGGAAUUAAAAGAAUCAUAAAUUGACUUAAAAGAAUUGAACUCCUUCUUAAAUUAGUUUAGGAAGAUAGUUGUUUAGGAAUUGCUGAAGGAGUAAAUAAGGCAUAUUGGGGUAGAGAUUGAGUAAAAUUUUAAAGCCUAGAAAAUGAUAAAAUGA